AUUCAUAUAUUAUUAUAUUCAUAGGAUGAUCAUGAAACUUAAAAGUUGUAGAGUCGUUCCCUCAAAUAGUAGAUCUAUCAUUAUGAUAUGCUAGCGUGGGUGGACAACAUAAAAUAACUUGACAAUGACAGAGUGGACAUGUUUCGUCUUUUAAUGAAAAGUUUUUUCUUCCACUUUCUUUAUUAAUUCCUAGUUUUUAUGAACUGGGAAGAUAACUCUGUCGGCAUUGUCUUUGUUGUCAUGCUCCCAGCGUCCACAACCUGCACCUCCAACCGGUAGAUCCGGCUUGUGAAUUCAGAUUUCAUUUAAAACCAGAAACAAUUCCAGUGAUUGCUGGAAAAUACGCUCAAUUCGAAGCAUUUAUUUGCUCUUACAAGGCCUGAAGGAUCUGUACUGAUAACAAAUCGGCAGUAUGGAUUUUGCCAAGGAUAUCAUGAUGAUUUUGUCGCUGUCUGCAGCUUCAGUUUUCGGAAUUCUGGGCUUGAUUCUUGGCUAUUUUAUCCUUGGAAGUGGACAGCCAAAGACAGAACGAAUAGUUUUAUCAUGGAUGGUCUACAACGCACUGACUCACUUUUUGAUGGAGGGCUCUUUUGUGGUGUUGUCAUUAACGGAAACUGUGAAUGCUUCCAGUCAUUUCACGUCAUAUCUAUGGAAGGAGUAUGGGAAGGCAGAUUCCCGCUGGCUGGUUCUGGACCCUACGGUUGUGUCGCUGGAGAUUCUGACGGUGGUGGUGGACGGUCUCCUGUGCCUGGUGGUCAUUGCCGGCAUUGUCACCCGCGGUUACUACAGACACUACGCACAACGUGUUUGUGUGUGUGAGCUGUACGGAGGUGAGAUGNNCUUCUGUCCCGAGUGGCUGACGGGCAGCCCCAGCCUAGACACCAGUAACUUCAUGUUCCUGUGGGUGUACCUGGUCUUCUUCAACGGCCUCUGGGUGGUCAUACCGCUCCUCCUCAUGUACCAGUCCUGGCUCGCCAUCAAGGCGGCCAUGUUGCACCAGCAGCGAACAGCCAUCGCGUCGGCAGAGUUAGGCUCGGGCAGAAGUCGGGACCGAAACAACGGAAGGAAAAGGAAGGAUCAGUGAGGGGUGGCGCAGUGCAGACGGUGUGGUCAAAGAAGCGUGGAGGAAGAGAUGGGAAUUGGAACUGUGGGUGAAAAAAGGGAAGGAAGGAAAGUCAAUGAAUGUUUCUGUGAGCUUUUGUUUUAGUACCGGUAAAUGUUUUACAGCACUUGCAACACAGGAUUAGAUUAUGCCGAAGAUAAGAGGUGAUUGCAGGAAAGUAACAAACACAAAAAAGAAGGAGGGGAGAUAAAGACAAUAGAUUUUUGAUAGGAAAGAAGAAGCAAACUGCACCAGAGCACCCGCCAACCACCCACUCUGUGAGCUAUAAAAGUCAAAAGAAUUAAUGAGUAAAAAUAUAUACAGUAGAGUCAGCUUAAACCAAAAUAUGUGGGACAGCUGAAUUUUCUUUGGCUUAGCUGGGUUUUCGGUUUAGACAGGUUACUCGAAUAGAAGAAAAAAAAAUCAGGUGAUUUUUUAAAUUUUUUUUCGGCUUACUGCUGUUUUUGAAUUCACCAUGUUUGGUUUAAGUAUUAAGCGGAAUCUACCAUUUAUAUGUUGUUGUUUUAUUUCAAGUUGAUCAGCAAAGUUAUUUCCUAUAGGCCUAUAUUUCAAAACAUUUGGUUAGAAUUAUACAUUUCAAAUUGAAGCUGUAAAAAGAUGAGGUAUCAUUCAGUUUGUGGGAAAAAAAAGAGAAAAUGGAAGCUCCGAAUAAUCAGAUUUUAUGACUCAAUAAAUGGAGUAAAAUUUUUUAAAGAUUUUUGGGGGUUUUGUAUGAGCAUUGAGUGUCUGGAUUAUAAGAAUAAGAUUAAAGCUAUAAAAAUCA